CCAAGGAGCUGGCAAGGGCCGAGUCGAGGCCGUAUUCAGAGUAGAAGUCCUGCCUGAAAUGGGGCACUCUCCGCCAUAUUAUCGGCGGGAGACGUUUUUCUCUAUCGCAGACCGAAGCUGGGGAAAACGGAUGAUGGCCGAAUAUUGCCAAUCUCAAUGUUCAACAUUUUACUUCGGCCGGCGAGGGCACCAAUUGCAGAGAAAAACAGUUACACUCAUUCUGAAAUGCUGUGAGAACAUUUUGGAGCACUUUCAUGAGGAGCCCGCCGUUCAAAGAGAGGCUCCUUUGGGGCCUCCAUGCAGUGCUCUACGAUACCAUUAUUUUGGUCAUAGAUCCGGGAAAACAAAACUGCUUUCCAAUGAAAGUGUUCUUUGGAAUCUACAUACGUGGCCACGGUCGAUAUAUCCUCACCCUUCGGUGGCUUUGGACAGAAAAAAGCACAAUAUGUGGAAGCACACAACAAGAAAUACUCGCUCACUGAAGCACCCCUUGAACAUUAAUGGUGGACCAAGCGAGACCAAGAAAUCAGCGUAUUGAAGACCGUGCGCGUAGGAGGCCCAUUGGUUGGGAAGACGAUGCAAGACGAUUCCAUCCUCCUGGCCCGAGUCAAUCAUCAUCUUACUAACUCAUUCAAAAGCGUAUAAAUUUUGGAUAUUUCCGAAGCGUUUUAAAUGUCAGGACUUCGCCGGGCGAGCUCCGAAGACACAGAGUUAUUUGACAACUCUUACACGCACUUAGUUGUGCGUUAUGACAUCAUCUGUAACAAUUACUC